AUGAGCGACCAACCCAGCUCAGGGCCCACCACCGUCUCCGCGCCCGACAACGCGGCCGAGCCUCACUCCACCACCGUCGCUCCCACGACCGCCGGUGCCGCCGAGCGCCAGACCAGCAGCACCGGCAGCACCGGCAGCACCCACCACCACCACCACCAAGGAGGAGGAGGAGGGAUCCGGAUCCAGGAACCGCCCGAGCGCCGGCCGUUACUCCCGCCCCGCGCGGCGUUUGUCCACGCGCUGGAUGGGGACGUUUAUUCGUGUGAGAGUUAUGGGAGUAUACCUGAUAACGCGCGGCGGGGGGACGCCCCCCACGCCCCCCACCGUGAAUUACCAGUAUACACCAACAUCCACCGCAUCCGCCGCGACGUCAUCUCCGUAGUCGAAGACUACCUCUCCCUGGACCAACUCCGCGACGUACGCCUCAACAUCUCCGUCAUCCGCCCGCUCGUCGACAAGCUCUACGAGCAAGACGACAUCUCCAUCGUGUACUGCCUCCUCGUCAACCGCGCCCAGUUCCUCAGCGAGCAGGCGCAUCUGACCAACCGGCAGAAUGUGAACUUCACGCGGGCGAUGUUGUGCGAGUUGAUUGCGACGCGGAUUUUGAGACGGUUUAAUGAGGAUAACGAGGGACCGAGAAAUUUGUUGGUGUUGGCGCAUAUUUUGAUUGCCGGGUUUGAGCCGUUCCAGAAUGCGCCCGAGGAGAUUAGACGGGAGGUGGGCGCAUCGACGGCGCAUCAUCGGACGUUGCCGGCGUUGGAGGUGGCGAUUUUGAGUGAGAGUAGGGUGUUUUUGGCUAGUACGAGUUGUCAGAAGAUAGUGGACGCCAUCUACGAAGGCCGGGUAGUCUACACACCCUCCAGCUUCAUGGACAUCAUCCCAGACCGCUACAAGCAACGGCCCAUCUCGCUAUACAACCCGCGCGAGGCGCCCCUGCUCAACCACUACCGGCUCGUGGUACCCCGGACGCGCAACUUCCUCGAGAUCACGCACUUUGUCGUGCUGCUGGUGCUGUACCUCGCUUUCAUGAGCGAGCGUGAGGCGAAGCGGAUUACCAAGCUGGAGGUGUGCUUUACCGUGUAUGCGAUGGGGUGGGUGCUGGAUCAGUUUGCUACACUGCUCGAGCAUGGAUGGGACGUCUACGCGCAAAACCUGUGGUCCUUUCUAGACGUCACAUUCGGCGUCAUCUACGGCGUCUACUUUGUCCUCCGGCUGUACAGCUGGGGCGCGGACAGUUUCGAAGCGGGACAGCAGGCCCUGGAUGUGCUGGCCAUCGGCGCUCCCGUGCUGAUCCCGCGGUUGGCGUUCAAUCUGCUGUCUGACAAUCUGGUGUUUUUGUCGCUGCGGUCUAUGAUGUCGGAUUUUGCGGUGCUCUCGGCCUUGGCGAUCUGGUGCUUUUUGGGCUUCUUGCUGUCGCUCGUCUGGCUGGGGAAUGGACAUUUUGGUGCUGGGACGAUCAGCAAGUGGAUGAUUUACAUCUGGUUUGGCCUGGAUGGCUCUGGCAUUUCGCGCUCGGCCGACUUCCACCAGAUCCUGGGUCCCGCGCUGAUGAUCACCUUUGCCUUCCUCGGCAACACCCUCUUCCUAACCAUCCUCGUGUCCAUGCUCUCGACCACCUUUAGCCACAUCGUCAACAACGCCCCCGCCGAGAUCCAGUUCCGCCGCGCCGUCAUGACCCUCGAGGGCGUCAAAGGCGACGCCAUCUUCGCGUACCCACCUCCCUUCAACGUCCUCGCCAUCCUCGUGCUAGUCCCGCUCAAAUUCUGCGUCUCCGCCCGCUGGUUCCACAAAAUCCACGUCCUCUCCGUCCGCCUCAUCAACCUGCCCAUCCUCCUCGUCAUCGCCGUAGCCGAGCGCCGUUCACUCUCCCCGCACAGCCUGUUCCCCUCCUCUGUCCUCUCGUCAGUCCCCAGCGUGUCCAAGUCGAUCAACCACCACCCGGUCCUCCGCAUCCGCCGUCGGUUCUGGGAUCGCUGGCGGAUUACCACCCACAGCGAUAUCUCGACCGUCUUUGAGAUCGACCCGCCUGAUUCCGUGCUCGGCGAUAUUGCCGCAGACGACGAUAUGACCCGCCACUUGAUCCGCAGACAGUUCACGGCUGCGGCGCCGAAGCUGGAUCCGCAGCACCAGAUGCAUGUGCAUAUUCAGCAGCCGCUACCACAUCCGCGGCCUGGACUCGGCCCGUCUGCAUCCUCCUCACCGGCCCUAACCAAACCUACCCAACCGCAGUCCCAAUCUCAACCUCGCACCUCUCAACCACAACCCCCAACCCCCGGCCUAACCCAACACCAACACCAACAACCCCUCCCAACCCCAGGCUUCAUCCCAGGCAGCUUACCCCUGGGCACAACCCCAACCCCAACAGCCACAACAACAACCCUCAAACGCCGCGACAGUAUUGCACCCUUUCCCGGGUUGCGUGCCGAGCUGCAGGGGGUGCUGAGCGAGAGUGAUGAAGUGAGUGAUAUUACCUCGAGGCUGGAGGCGUUGGAGGCGAGUAUGGCAAGGAUGGAGGGGUUGUUGGUUCGGUUUGUGGGGGGUGGUGGUAAUAGAGCCGGAAUGGGUGGUAACACAGAUGAGAUGGGUGGUGGGAAUGGUGGUGAUCACGGUGUGGGUGGGAAUAUGGAUGAUGCGGGGGAUGAGGAGGAGGAGAAUGAGGAAGGGGGAGAACGGGAUAGGGUGCCGGUUGGGGGGAGGAGGAGGUCGAUGUCUUUGGCCGAGUUGAAUCGGGAGGCUGAGGAGGAGUGA